CGCACACGCACCGGGACCCGCCCUCCGGCCGCCAUUUUUCUCACCACCUCGGCCAGGAGUCGAGAGCCGACCAUCAACACGGCGAAAGACCUCUGAAAGAGAGCCGACCGCCCAGGACCGAACCGACUCUGCCGUGUAACCGAGCUCCGCCUGAGCUGCUGACCGAACCGCUUUUGGAUCCGCGGCUGCACAGCACGCCUUUUCCGAGUGUGAAUACGUGUUGAGGGCCGCCAUUUUUGUUCCUGUCUGUAGCAGUCGGGGGUGGGGGCAGAAGGGAAGGUAUUUCGGACGCCUUUCGGCCGACUCGGCUCCGUAUUGUUGUACAAUCAGCACCGAGUCGCUGUUCCGCUGUAGCGGCAUGGAGGUCGUUGGGCUGGAGUAAGCCGUACCGACCAGGGACACCUUGUUUCAUUAUCUGCUACUUUUCUCUUCUUUUUCGGAAGAGGUGCGUAAAAGGGGAAGCUGAGCCAGGGUGGUGGGAGCGUCCCCGUCACCGCAGCGCGGCGUCUGGGGGUCUGCAUGACGCCUGAAGCCGUACGGCGCUGAGCCGCAGACGGACUAUCCGUCCGCUUCCAUGGGGUGCCCCAGCGUGUGACCCAUCCGGUCCCAUUCCGCUACCUGUAGUUUCCCCCUUAUUUCAUUUUCCUUAGCGUUUUGCGCUCGUCCCCCCUCCCGAGAAUGUCUUCGGCACGGUUCGAUUCGUCGGACCGGUCCAGUUGGUAUUUCGGCCCGGUGUCGCGGCAGGAGGCACAGAACCGCCUGCAGGGCCAGCGGCAUGGCACCUUCCUGGUGCGGGACUCGUCUACCUGCCCGGGCGACUACGUGCUGUCGGUGUCGGAGAACUCCAAGGUGUCGCACUACAUCAUCAACUCGCUACCCAGCAAGAGGUUCAAGAUCGGGGACCAGGAGUUCGACCACCUGGCCGCGCUGCUCGACUUCUACAAGAUCCACUACCUGGACACCACCACCCUGAUCGAACCGGCUAGCAGGUACGCCAGUGGCCUUCCCGGGGCCCCACCCACUGUCUCCGACGACAGCCUGGAGUAUGUGCGCACCCUGUAUGACUUUACCGGCAAUGAUGCAGAGGACCUGCCCUUUCGCAAGGGGGAGAUUCUGGUAAUCCUGGACAAGCCGGAGGAGCAGUGGUGGAGUGCCCGGAACAAAGAGGGCCGCGUGGGCAUGAUCCCCGUGCCCUACGUGGAGAAGCUGCCCCGGCCAGCUGCCCACCCCGGCACCCUGCCCGCCGGGCACACCUCCCGCAUCUCCAACAGCUAUGGCGUCCCCGAGCCUGCCCACGCCUACGCACAGCCGCAGACGCCCUCACCGCUGCCACAGGGCCCUGGACCCUUGCCCUCCAUGCAGAACGGCCCCAUCAUAGCCAAGGCCAUUCAGAAGCGGGUGCCCUGUGCCUACGACAAAACUGCACUGGCGCUGGAGGUGGGGGACAUUGUCAAGGUGACACGGAUGAACAUCAGCGGCCAAUGGGAGGGUGAGGUAAACGGCCGGAGGGGGCUCUUUCCAUUUACGCAUGUGAAGAUCAUGGACCCCCAGGAUCCCGAUGAGAGUGAGUGAUGGGCCCCGCCUCCUGCACCACCAACCCCUCCCUCCAACCUUGUGAUUGGCCAUCUCUCGAACUUUUGGAUCUCGCCACCCCUUGCCCCUGCCAAGCCCACUAGCCACACAUCUUCACCUGGAAACAGGAACGCUUUUGAUUGGAUGGCAGCUGACGAGGUCACGCACAUUUUUUUUAAGUGAACGAGGUGUUAAUUCUUGUUGCUACCUUUCAAAAUGGUGCUGGCAGUGGACUGGGCUGAAGCUCUUGGGAAGACGGAUGACAUUCCUGGAAGCUGGGGUAGACCCCAGAUGUGACUGCUUGGGUUUUCUGUUCCUUAAUGGCUGAAAUAGCUGAACUUCACUGUCAGAUCCCCCUGAGGUGGGUUUGGGGGUGUGGUGCUUGUGUAGAUCAGUGGUGAGUAUGUUCAUGAAUCUUCUGAGGACCUCAUUCCUUUAAAGUGGCCUCACCCUGCUGGGGUGGGGAGGGAUGCCUGUUCAGGCCUGUUCUGCUGUUUGGGGAGAAGCUGUUUCACUUCACGUGACUCAGCUCUACCAUUGACAUCCUCUAGGGGUGCCUCCGGUCCUCUCUGCCAUUGACCUCCUGUCAAGUGGAGGCCUCGUCUAGAGCCGGGCAGAACAGACGUCUAAACCUGGUCUCUGUGACCUUGACCUUAGGCCAAAGGUCACCUGCUGCUUUGUGACACUCGUGGGUUCCUUCAUUGGAUUGAAAUGCAUUUGGGAUUUUCUGUAGCCAGGCUUGGGGAGGUUAUGUCAGUGUAGCCAGCCUGGCCCGAGUCUCCAUUCUAACUGGUAGCAAUAUGCCAAUCUGUAAUUUUAAAAUAUUCUAAUUUAAAAUUCUCGUUGCCCUGUGGCAUUAACAGCAUUAGUGCAUCGUUUGUCUGUCUAGGAAAAGCAUGUCAAACGACUGCUGGCUUUGUAAUGUUUCUCUUUGAUUUUGAAUAAAUCAUGUGCCUUUUCUUUUUC